CGGGGGCGACGGAGUGCGCGCGGAGGAGGAGGAGGGAGAGGGGAGGGCGUGUGAGCGAGUGAGACAAGAAAAGGGAGCGCGCCCGCCGCCGCCGCCCUCCUCGGGAGAAGGCUGGAGUGAGGCUGAGCGGAGCGCCGCAUUUCAAUGAGGACCCGCCGAGGCACAGCCCUGCUCUAGCGGCCUCAGCCCAGGCGCCCGCACGCCCGCAGCCGCCGCCCCCAGCCCCGCCGCCCCACAGCCCCGCGGCCCCGCAGCCCCGCCGCUUCGCAGCCCUGCGGCCCGGCCGCACCCAACCCCGGGAAGACAGCUCCAGGAGGCGGCCCAGUGAGGCCACAGACUCCGGCGGCGACUCUCCGAGAACUGGUGCCACUUGCAGCCCGUCAUGUCCUUUGGCAGAGACAUGGAGCUGGAGCACUUUGAUGAGCGUGACAAGGCGCAGAGGUACAGCAGGGGUUCGCGGGUGAACGGCCUGCCCAGCCCCACGCACAGUGCCCACUGCAGCUUCUACCGCACGCGCACACUGCAGACGCUCAGCUCCGAGAAGAAGGCCAAGAAGGUUCGCUUCUAUCGAAAUGGAGAUCGAUACUUCAAAGGGAUUGUGUAUGCCAUCUCCCCAGACCGCUUCCGAUCUUUUGAGGCCCUGCUGGCUGAUUUGACCCGAACUCUGUCAGAUAAUGUGAAUUUACCCCAGGGAGUGAGAACAAUCUACACCAUUGAUGGGCUUAAGAAGAUUUCCAGCCUGGACCAACUGGUGGAAGGAGAGAGUUAUGUCUGUGGCUCAAUUGAGCCCUUCAAAAAGCUGGAGUACACCAAGAACGUGAAUCCCAACUGGUCGGUGAAUGUCAAGACCACUUCGGCUUCCCGGGCUGUGUCUUCACUGGCCACUGCCAAGGGGAGCACUGCAGAAGUGCGGGAGAAUAAGGAUUUCAUUCGGCCCAAGCUGGUCACCAUCAUCAGAAGUGGAGUGAAGCCACGGAAAGCUGUCAGGAUUCUACUGAACAAGAAAACGGCUCAUUCCUUCGAGCAGGUCCUCACUGAUAUAACCGAUGCCAUCAAGCUGGACUCUGGCGUGGUGAAACGCUUGUACACUUUAGAUGGGAAACAGGUGAUGUGCCUUCAGGACUUUUUUGGUGACGAUGACAUUUUUAUUGCAUGUGGACCGGAGAAGUUCCGUUACCAGGAUGAUUUCUUGCUAGAUGAAAGUGAAUGUCGAGUGGUGAAAUCUACUUCUUACACCAAAAUAGCUUCAUCAUCCCGCAGGAGCACCACCAAGAGCCCAGGACCUUCCCGGCGCAGCAAAUCUCCUGCCUCCACCAGCUCAGUUAAUGGAACCCCUGGUAGCCAGCUCUCCACUCCACGCUCGGGAAAGUCUCCAAGCCCAUCACCCACCAGCCCAGGAAGCCUGCGGAAGCAGAGGAGCUCUCAACAUGGUGGCUCCUCUACUUCACUGGCAUCCACCAAAGUCUGCAGCUCGAUGGAUGAGAAUGAUGGACCUGGGGAAGAAGUGUCAGAGGAAGGCUUCCAGAUUCCAGCCACAAUAACAGAACGAUAUAAAGUUGGGAGAACAAUAGGAGAUGGAAAUUUUGCUGUUGUCAAGGAAUGUGUAGAAAGGUCGACUGCAAGGGAGUAUGCUCUGAAAAUUAUCAAGAAAAGCAAAUGUCGAGGCAAGGAACACAUGAUCCAGAAUGAAGUAUCUAUUUUAAGAAGAGUGAAGCACCCCAAUAUUGUUCUUCUGAUUGAGGAGAUGGAUGUGCCAACUGAACUGUAUCUUGUCAUGGAAUUAGUAAAGGGCGGAGACCUCUUUGAUGCCAUUACUUCCACUAACAAAUACACCGAGCGUGACGCCAGUGGGAUGCUGUAUAACCUGGCCAGUGCCAUCAAAUACCUGCAUAGCCUGAACAUCGUCCACCGUGACAUCAAGCCAGAGAACCUGCUGGUAUAUGAGCACCAAGACGGCAGCAAAUCCCUGAAGCUCGGUGACUUUGGACUGGCCACCAUUGUUGAUGGGCCCCUGUACACAGUGUGUGGCACUCCAACAUAUGUGGCUCCAGAAAUCAUUGCAGAAACUGGAUAUGGCCUCAAGGUGGACAUCUGGGCAGCUGGUGUAAUCACUUACAUCCUUCUGUGUGGUUUCCCUCCGUUUCGUGGAAGUGGUGAUGACCAGGAGGUGCUUUUUGAUCAGAUCUUGAUGGGGCAAGUGGACUUUCCUUCUCCGUACUGGGACAAUGUUUCUGAUUCUGCAAAGGAGCUCAUUACCAUGAUGCUGUUGGUCAAUGUGGAUCAGCGAUUUUCAGCUGUGCAGGUCCUUGAGCAUCCCUGGGUCAAUGAUGAUGGCCUCCCAGAAAAUGAACAUCAGCUGUCAGUAGCUGGAAAGAUAAAGAAGCAUUUCAACACAGGCCCCAAGCCGAACAGCACUGCAGCCGGAGUUUCUGUCAUAGCACUGGACCACGGGUUUACCAUCAAGAGAUCAGGGUCUUUGGACUACUACCAACAACCAGGAAUGUAUUGGAUAAGACCACCGCUCUUGAUAAGGAGAGGCAGGUUUUCCGACGAAGACGCAACCAGGAUGUGAGGAGCCAGUACAAGGUGCAGCCAGCUCCACCAGAACUCAACUCGGAAUCGGAAGACUACUCCCCAAGCUCCUCCGAGACUGUUCGCUCCCCCAACUCACCCUUUUAAUGAGACCCUUUUACUUAAAGUCCUAGCUUAACCCUUUCAGACACUAGAUUUUUUUCCCCCAAAUUUCUGUAAAACAGUUUCAUCUGAUCUAUCUAGCAUUCAAUGCUUGAAUGGCAGAACAGAGAGCGUGUUUGGGGAUACUUUUGUAGUAAUUUCCCUUUUCUGAGUGAGACAGCACGUGGGGUUGUGAAGAUGGUAAUUUGUCACUAAUAAGGUCCUUAAAGGGUUAAAGCUAACUUCCAAUUUUUUAAACAUAGAAGCAAUGAAUGUUUUCAUCGGUCAAGCUAGGAUCUGCAAUAUGUAAUAUAGCACAUGUUAACCCUCUGAGUGCAGAGAAUUUAAUUGAGAAUCUUUGCCAAGAAUUUUUCAGGCCUUUGGGUGUAGACACACUUUUUUUUUUUUUUUUAUUUUGCUGCAGAUCAAGGAGUGCUAUUAAGAUGUUGAAAUGUCCAGACAAGAAAGGCAUCUAGAGUGAUAACUUGAUUGUUCUUUCCUAUGGGUUUAGAACAUGGCUGGUUUAUACUUUAGCAUAUGCACCCCUUCUCCUUCACAAUUCCAUUAAAAAGGAAAUCAUUUUUCUUCAAUAUAACCAUCUGCUGCUGUGGGUUGUACAUACAGAAUGGGCUUGUGACAAACGGCCUGACCCAAGAAAUUGACAAUACACCCUCCCCUGAAAUUUUCUCUCCAGGAAGAUGUAUUGAUGUUGCCCCAGAAAUGCUGCUUCCACAUUAGCUGCUGCUAGUGCCAGUGCAGACCCCAAGGCUUGUCUUGUGCUUGGUGAGUGAGGGUCUGUGUGCUCAGAAUCAGACAUCUGCAGAAAAGAAGCAACCAGUGGAAAAGAGCAAUAAACUGCCAGGUGCUCUAUGGGGUUGGAAUUUCAAAAGAAAGAGGAGAUAAGAUCCUGUGCUUUUUUCUUACCUGCUUUUUCAUGAUACUGUGGUCCUCAGUGUGAAGCCCACAUGUAGUGUGAAAUCCAUAUAUUGAAGAGCUGGGUUAGAGGCAAGUGCUUUGCAAAGUGGCUGAAAAGAAAGCACAGUGGAACACUAUCCAGAAUGGUUUCUAAGGAAAUAAACUAAUUACACUUUUUUUGUGUGUGGAACUGGGAAUUGAACCCAGAGCCUUUGGAGUGAGCUGCAUCCCAAGCCCUUUUUUGCUUUUAUUAUUUUGAGACAAGAUCUUGUUGAGUCACUAAAUUGCAGGGACUGGGCUCAAGCUUGUGAGAUCCUUCUGCCUCAGUCUUCCAGAGUACUGGGAUUAUAGGAGUACACCACCACACUUGACUAUAUGUGCACACUUAGGUUACCUAUUUAGUUUCCCAUGAAGAGCAGGAUAUAAUGCCCCAAAAAUACCCCUGAGGAUAAACUCGCAUUCCCUGGGAUGAUUUUUUUAAUACCACACUCUUUAACUGUCCAAGGAGACAUUUUUCCCCCCUUUAGAGCCAAUUCUGAGUGAUAUCUGUAUUUUCACUUCUAUUAUAGAAUCUCUCUCCAAGCCAGGAUCUCCAGGCCUGAGUUUGAUCUGGAACGUGGAUUAUUUCAGAGUGAGUGCCUGCUGCUUCCUGUUCACUAUGGCAAUACUCAGAGAGAAGAAUAUAGAGGUGUCUGAGUCAGGACCCAACUAAUGUCCCCCACUAAAGUUUGCUCAGCUCUGUGACCCAGAAGACAUCAGUCAGUGAUACCUCAAAAAUUUUAACUGGAUAGCUAACAAGACUUAUUUUAUCAGUUUUAAAUAUAUUUUAGUAUCUGAGAGUAUCAAAAUUUCUGAAUGACCUUUCUAUUCAAAGUCACUGAUUUUCAACUGCUGCUUUUUACUCUUCAGCACUUAAACUACAGUCUACAUUCAUAGAGAUUUUUAAAUCACAACACAUCAUUACCUUUGCAACACAGACUCCCAGAUAUCUUUCUCUUCUGCUUUAAGUCCAGAAAUGAUAACACAUGAAAUCAUAAAGCAGCAUAAAUCAGUAGAUCAGUUCAAAAUGGUUUGAGGGGAACAGGGAAUGGGACACAGAACACCAGGAAUCAUGUUAGUUCGUAGAUAGAUUACAUGUUAGUAAAGGGUACUGACCUGAUCAGAAAUUGCUGCUUUCUCUGGAACAAUAAGCAACACACUAUUCCAAGGUUGAGUAGUAGCUAUGUACUUGGCCACAACUCUAAAUGUGUGAAUGUAAAGAAUCCUGUGGAUAGAAACCUACUUGCAGUAGAUUGUCAUUUUCCUUUUUUUCUCUCAAUUAUUGCUUUUUCUGUGGGCAUUAUAUGUGUUGCUACGGCAUUCAGUGUCCACAUCUACAGUGCAUGGCGUAGGCCUUUUUCCACUGAAACCUGGGGCAAUGCGGGAGUGUUUUCAGAACACGCAGAGCACAGCUCAGAGGAAUGCAGGGCUCAGUCGGCAUGAUGAUCAUGGUGCAUUGCUGUAGAAUCUGAGUGAUCUAUGCUGAAUAAACAGUGGAAUAUGACCUGUCAAGUAGAAAUAUUGAGUAAUCAAAUGAAAUGCAAUCUCUCUAGCACUAAGCAACCAUGAUCUUGAAUGUCAGAGAUGUACUCAGAGGGUUAACAGAUAAGCACAAGGCAUGCUGAUGAUGUUGGUGUAUCCAGAUUGCUUUGCUCUUAGCCAGUGCUUUCUAAUUUUUUUUCUCAACAUUCUUGGGAUAGUUCAAGUUAUAAAUAAUUAAGUGGUGGUGUUCUCUGAGGAAUUUCUAUAACCAAAUUGAUCUUAUUUUUUACUUUAUUAUAGAACAAAUAUGUACAAUUAUGGCAGUGUAUCUCUGUAAUUAUCAAUUUAAUCAUCACCACAAGUGUUUCCAUAUUUUUUCCACGUAUUUAAUAUAGCUCUUAUGGUGGUGGCCUGGGAAUGACAACUGUCUUUCUUUUACUGGCACAUGACCAGCCAUAUGGUAUUUUCAAGGGAAUUUUACGAAUCAGUUUUUCAGUUUGAUAAUAGACUAGUUAAGGAAGAACUCAUUCAUUACUUGCAUCAUGUAAAUCAUCUCUGUAGAUAAGAACUGUUCAUAUUAAUGAACACGUUUUUUUUCUCAGCAUUGUAGCAGAAAUCAUUUUAUUUCUCAUGAUUACUGAAUAUGUGAUUUGCUCCAGAUCAUUAGAAGAAAAAGUAAGAUUUCAGUGAUGGAAAAUGUUUUUACCGUAGCCCUCAUCUAACUCACACGUGGUGCAUAUUAAAAUAAGCAGAGAAAAGGAAAUGUGAAUAAACUACUGAAAACACUUUGUGUUUUGUAUUCAAUGAGACCUUCCUGCACCUCCUCAACACCCCUAUGGGGGAGUGGUUAACAAGCCCAUCAGAUAUUGUUGAAAGAAAGCAAUAUAUCCAUGAAUGAAAGCUAAAAUUGCAAUCCUUUACCCUUUGAGGCAUAUUUCAGUUAGAAAAGAAAAAAGAAAAAUUGACUUAGGGGGUCACAGAGCUACCGUCUGACCAAGGCUUGAGCACAUUAAAUCACCAUUGUUUGCUGGCCAGUGGCAUCCAUUAGACAACUCUAUCCCCUGUGCUGAAGCACGACUGAGCUGAGGGAGAGCUUUCUUAAUGUUAUUGUGUUGCCCCUAGCCCUUCUCUGGGUAAGGAUCUGUCAGCAUUUCCAUGAUAAACUCCUAUUCUCAAAGGUUUUUAAUUUAACCAUAAAAAUGUGCCUGAGGCUGAAGUUCGCUAUCCAGGACCUAUGCCAGAGUGAAGGUACACUUCCUUCUCUUCCCAAAUUCUUCCCAAUUUUCCUGAGAAAAGAACAACAACAAAAGAAUCUGGCAUGUCUCCUUAAUUGUGAUGUCAGAAUUUUGGAAAGACCCAAGAUUGAAGAAAGUAGUUUAAAUGUAAUUAUUCAUUUGGAUGUGGUUUAUUUUUUUCUUUCAAGGAAUCACCUGGCAUAUAUUUAGAUAGCAUCUUUUCUAUAAUUUGUAAGUCAUUCAAAUUACAUUCGUACAUUAUUUUUUUUGUUCAAAGAUUUUUUUAAAAAACUGAAAGUUGGCAAUUUAAAGGCCAGCCUUUCCCACAUGUAGUCUGCCAUUUCCAUUAGGAGUUUGAGAAAAUACUCUCAAAUAUACCCUUACUUUGCAUGCAGUGUAGAGGGUUUGCUAUGUGCUUCUUUGGAGGUAAAGGUUUCCUUGUUUAAUCACCAAAUUUCAUGAAAUCGUGCUAGCCUGUGGGAGAAAACAGUGAUUAAAAGUAUUUCCAAAAGUAACAUUUUUCUUAAUUCAGA